AUGCGGGGUCAAAUAUAUAAGCAAGAUUUUCCAGAUUUAGGUUGCCAUGAGUUCCUUUGUUACAAGGAUGGUUGGUUGCUUACCUCAAAACGAGAUUUCCCCGUGUCGUUAUUCUUUCUUGACCCUUUUACCCGGGAGCGCGUCUACUUACCAUGGAAGGAUUACCAAUGCAUAGCUUUCUCAGCCGCUCGUACAUUAGCUAGUUGUUUGGUGGUCUCGAUCUUGAGUGCAAAUAUCUGGUCAGGUUUUAAGAUCAAGACUUGUCGCCCUGGUGAAACCAAAUGGACCAGCCAUCGCUACCCGACAAACAGACCCGGCCAUCUCGAAUGGUCUAAAUGUGUAUUUUCGAAUGGUAUGUUCUAUUGUCUCAGUACCUGCGGCCACCUCGGGGUUUUUGACCCGACCAGAGCAGCCUGGAAUAUUCUUCCUGUGAAACCCUGUCCCGCCUUUCUUUCUCAGACAGGUUUGGCUCGUUUGAGGGAGACCCGAUUGUUGGUGAUGGAGCAUGAAGGGGAUGUAUAUGUUAUCUCCACAAGCAAGAAAGCGUCCGUGUUUAAACUAGACCUUAAACGUAAGGUCUGGGAAGAGAAGAGAGAACUUGGUGGCUUGACAGUAUUUGCCAGUCAACCUACCUCUCUUACACGAGCUGGUCUCUUGAGGGAGAGGAAUAGAAUAUAUCCAUCGCAUGAAGCACAUAAGGGCGUGUACUACAACCUCGCUGAUGACAAAUAUAGUAGCCAUCGUCCCCCUGUAAUGAACUAUUUGUCUGACCGAAUCGCUUGGGUGGAUCCACCCCUCAACGAAGCUAAUUUGUCACCUUAUGAUGGUAUUAACUACUGA